AUGCGCCGCCUCCCGCGCGCGACAGUCGCGUCGAUCCUGCUGGCCUGCGCGCUGCUGGCGGUCGCCCGCCCCGCGCUCGCCCAAGACCCCGCGCCGGCGGGGACGGCGCCGAGGUGCUGGAAAGUGAGGGGGAAUGGAUCGGAGAAGGUGUUUCGGUGCGAGGGGGUGGACGGGUGGCGGCUGGACUACAUUUGGAAGCCGCUCAUGGUCAACGUGACCUGUGGCAAGGGGGUGAAGUUUUCUUUAUUCACUGCAAGCUCAGAGGAAAAGUCGGCCGAAGAGGAGAAUCAGGUUCAGUGGUGUGGUUACCAAAACCUCCUCAGGCGCGAGUCCUGUGUCACUGCACUCUCCCCAUACAAGGACGCAUAUGUUGCUGUGCGUCCGCUUCGCUCUGCUGCAUUCCAGAAAGGGUCCAUUGAGGAUUGUGAGCUCUCCACCACUGCCAAUGUGAGCUGGAGCACCCUCGUUCUGGCAUUUUUGGGCCUGGGUUUGUUCCUGUUCUCCAACACAUUGAGCCAGUCGACGACGUUCCGUUUGACAAGUGGAAGUGUCAUCAUCAUGUUGACAUCAGUGAUCAUACUUGUUUUCAUGAUGAUGAGAUCGGUGCCCCAAAGCCGCCGCAUAUUCGCCCUCCUGGCGCUCGUGUGCGCCGGCAGCUUCGCGGCCUUCGAGAUGCUAUGGGCACACGGGGCGCCCUCCCUCAUCUCCCUCCUGUCCAGCAGAAUCGUCAUGGCCUACGCCGUCGCCAGCGGCCUGGCGGGCCUCGCGGUGACGUACUACUUCGACGACCCCGCGAAUGUCAAGCUCACGCGAAUCAUGCAGGUGGGCCUCCAGCUUAUCGGCCUGGCGUGCAUUUACUGCAGCCUGGUGCAAGGAGAGUGGGGGGUUGCCGCCGUCGCGGCCUUGGUUGGCUGGGAGUACGUCAUGGGGCCGGCCGCGAGCUGGGUGCGCCGCACGCGCCCGUCCUGGCUGCCGCUCAGGCCGUGGGCGCGCAAGACCGCACCCGCAGCCCAGCCAGCGGCGCACAGGCUUAACGGCGGAGCUGAGCGCGAGAAGGGAGGCCCCUCCCCGCGCGAGGAGGCGACGACGGCCGAGGAGGAGACGAGGAGGAGGAAGAAGGCCGCAGAUGUGCUGAUAUUCGAGCGGCGCAGCAACGAGUUUGUGGGUGGUUCGUCCAGCACGGCGUUCGUCGAGCUGCAGAAUUGGCGGGUGCAAGGGGUGGCCAAAACGCCCGCCACGCCUGCCGCAAAGCCCGCUGCAAAACCUGCGGCAAAGGUCGCCGCCAAAGCCGUCAAGGCCAAGGCCGGCAGGAUGAGCCUGCCGGCCGCGCAGCCGAAGCCGUGGCCGGGGAGCGACGGGGGCGACGACGACGACGUCAGUCCGAUUGUGCGGACAGGGAGGAUAUUUAAUCCGGAGUCGGGCAGGGCGAUCCAGAUAGGCAAGAAGCGGUACCAGGAGCUGGUGGAGGAGGGGUACACGCCCAAUUUGAAGGACGGCGUGCUGGUGAGGCCGUCGGAGAGGGCGGUGUGA